AUGCUUAAUGAAAUAGAUGAAAAGGAAUUAAACAUCGCUCCAUUCGGCAAUAAGAAUCCGAACACAUGCCUUACAACCAGAACUGAAGUAGCAGUAAAAAUUGAAAAGAAGCGCACAAUAUUGCUCGAAACUGAAACUGCACGUGAAAUCAAGAAUCCCUAUGUCGACAACAUCAUUUUAUCGACGAGUCAAAAAAAAGAAGCCUUGAAUAAAUACCAAGAAAUAAAAUCAAUUUUCAAGGAUGCUUCAAUGAACGUGCGAGAAUUCUUCUCAAAUGACCAGAUUUUCAACUCGCAACUACCGAAGUCGGAUCUAGCACAAGAUCGAUACCAAUUAGCACAUAAGUCUCCGAGAAAUGUAAAAAGGAGAGAGCCGGUGGAAGUGGUACUGUUAGAUGAGCCUCAUACACCACGCGGUACCUGGAAACUAGCAAGGAUAAAGAAAUUAAAUGUAGCCAACGAUGGGCACGUCAGGAGCGCUCAGAUCGAACCACCAUUAAGAAAACUUCUAAAUCGACCAGUAAACACGUUGUAUCCAUUUGAAGUUUCUACAGAGGAACAAUGA